AUGGAGCCGUGGAUGAGCUGGGUUGUGUUCCUGGCCAUUGGAGGCGCCGCCUACUGGUACUACAUGCACCAGGGCAACACGGCGGAUACCCGAGGACGCUCGACCACGGGCAAGUCGACGACCAGCUCGCUCAAGGAGGCAGUCAGCUGGGACACGCCAGAGAAGAAGCCCAAGGCACAGAAGGCUGCAAAGCCCAAGGCCCCUCGCAAGUCGGUCAAGACGGCCGUCCAGGAUGCCGGCAACAAGGCCGCCGCGACCAUCUCGCAAGCCGCCCCCAAGCAGGCUGCCGACGACAGCGCCGUCGAGCCCCCCGCCGCCUACACCAACAAGGCCCCGAGCGGCAAGGACGUCUCCGACAUGCUCGGUGAGCGCGCCGCCUCGCCCGCUGUCAUGAGCAUCAAGCCCUCCGAGAAGCCAGCCAAGUCGGUCAAGGCUCAGACACAAAAGGCCGAGGUCGCGACCGAGUCCAAGAAGCAGCGCCAGAACAGGAAGAAGGUCGAGGAGGCCAAGGCCGCGCGCGAGGAAGAGGAGAAGGCGCGCAAGGCUCUCGAGGAGAAGCAGCGUCGUGUCGCUCGUGAGGCGCGCGGUGAGCCGGCCAAGAACGGUCUCGGACAGAGCAAGCCCCCCGCCUCCAACCCCUGGACCGAGGUGCCUUCUCGCGGUGCCGUCCAGCCUCCCAAGGCCGCUUCGUCUGGUCAGCUUCUCGACACCUUCGAGGCUCCUGUCCAAACCGCUACCAAGACUGCCGCCCCUACCAACGGCGCUGCCAAGACCGCUGCCCCUGUCAGUACCCUACCCUCAGAGGAAGAGCAGAUGAGGCUUGCUAUGGAGGACUCUGCCUGGACCACCGUUCCUAAGGGCGGAAAGCCCAAGCGCAAGACCGUCAACGAGGAGCUUGCUGAAGAGCUCAGCGAAGUCACCACGAAGCCCCAACAGUCCGCCAAGCCAGUUCGGCCAACCGAAGUCAUUAAGGAGAACAAGAACCCCAGCUCGCGCUACCAGAUCCUUGCCGAGGAGUUCAACCCCAAGACUGGCGACGAUGCCGAUGACUGGGCUGUCAUGUGA